GAUUGAUUAGUGAUAUAACAUUAGAGAACAAUUUUUGUUUUGCAAUUUAGCACUUGCUCUUUUUCCAUAUAAAAGCAAGUGCAAGUUUAUAAAAUUUAGUUUAGUUUAGUUAUUAAAAUAUACGCAUCAGUUAUUAAAGAAGAUGAAUAAGUUCCUGAUAUGCUUUGGGCUAGUGGCACUUUCAGCUGCUGUUCUAGCCUCACCUUAUGGAUAUGGAGAACAUAAGAACUCGAUUGGAGAAGGACAUGGAGGUGGCGGUGGUGGUGGCGGAAAAGGCUUUGGUGGAGGUGGCGGUGGAGGUGAUGGUGGUGGUGGUGGUUGGGGAGGAAGUGGCGGUGGACAUGGUGGAUCAUCAGGCCUGGGAGGUGGUUCUGGAUUUAGCGGUGGACAAGGUGGAGGCCAUGGAGGUGGCUUAGGUGGUGGUUCCGGAGGCGGUUUCGGAGGUGGUGAUCAAGAUGGUGGUCAUGGAGGUGGUGGUCAAGGUGGAGGUGGUCACGGUGGUGGUGGCCAAGGUGGUGGUUUCGGAGGUGGUCAAGGUGGUGGACAUGGUGGUGGAUCUGGUGGAGGUGGACAUGGAGGCGGUCGUCCAGGUGGCUCUGCUGGGUUCGGUAACUCAGGAGGACACAGUAGAAAUCCAAGCUUUGGUGGUGGUGGAGGUGAUGGCUGCCAGUUUGGUGGUUCAUGUGGUGGUGGCGGCCAUGGAGGUGGCGGUCAUGGAGGUGGUGGCCAUGGUGGUGGACAUCAUGGUGGUUAUAAGACUCAUGGAUACUAAAUUCGAAGAUUCCAUUUUUAGGAAUUUGGCCUUUUUCAAAGUUUAAAAUGUAAUAUAAGAUUUUUAAAUACGAACAAAAUUAUUAAAAAAUAAAAUUCUUCGAUAAAGAAGUAAAGGAAUUAAACACAUAAAUAUCAGCUGUUUUAUUUUGGUAUUUUUAUAUUUCGUUCAUAUGUGAACCACUCUUAUCUCUUAAAUUUUAAUACAAAUAAAUAAAAUUUCUUGAAAAAUUCCCAAAUGCAAUAAUCAUAAUUUUUUUCUGAUAAAUAUAAAAAUAUUUGUUUCCAUUGACGUAUAAAAGGAACAUUUUUGAAAUGUAUUUUUCAAUCUUUAGACAAAUUUUAAAGCAUCAGUUAUUAUAAAAUGAAAUUCUUGGUGGUUUUGGUUACUCUUCUAAUUUGUGUUAUUGCUGCAUCAGCUAUUCCAGUUGAUAAAGGACAUGAUGGUGUUCAUCAUCAAGGACAACAUGGUGCUGGUUCUGGUCACAUACACGAACAUGGUCAUCAGCAAGUGAGACACGACCAGGGACAAAGUCACCAUGCUGGUUUCUCUGAAGGUCAUGGACCACAAGGUCAUGGUCAACAAGGAUUAUCACAACAGCACCAUGAUUCUCAUGGGCAACAAAGUGGACAUGGACAUAAACAUUAAGUUAACUUGUAUCAGUCAAUUAAUUUUUAUUUGUUAAAUAAAUUUAUAAAGUUACAAUUUUUUAA